AUGUUACUACAAGCUAAUGCUAAUCCUCACCUGAAAUUAUCAGAUGGAUCAAAUGCUGUAAUGAUUGCUAGUUACUAUGGAAACUAUGAAGUUGUUGAGCUACUGAUUAAUAAAGGAGUGGAUUAUAUAACUCAACAAGCAGGUGGUUGGAAUAAUUUCAUGUUGGCGUCUCAAAAUGGUCACACCAAAAUAGUUGAACUGUUGCUGAAAAAAAAAGUUGAUCCUUAUGUUCCAAACAAUAAUGGUUGGAAUGCUUUAAUGUUGGCUUGCCAUAAUGGUCACACUCAAAUAGUUGAACACAUGCUGAAUUCAAAAGAACAAGCUGUUAUCAAGAAAAAUAUUAAUGCUAAAAAUGAAAAUGGUAGUACUGCUUUAAUGAUUGCAUGUAAUACAGAAAAAGAGCACUCUGAAAUAGUUCAGUUAUUAUUAGAUGCUGGUGCUGAUCCUCAUGUUAAAAUUAAACAUGGAAAAACUGCCUUGGCUAGUGCAAUGAAUUUAGGACAUAAAAUUAUUGUACAUAAAUUACUGAAAUUUGGAGCUGCUACUACAGAUGUUAUCAGCGUUGAGCUAAAUGAGGCUGGGGUAUCGAUUGAAAUGUCAAUAAUUCAAUUGUGUGUAGGCAAAUUAAUGAAGGAAAGCCAUUGGAUUAAGUUUGUGCGAUUACGUCCAACAUUAGCAAAAAUUUUUGCAGAUGAUUUAGAAAUUACGGUUGAACAGUUUGUUGAAGAAGUAAAGCAGUUUAUUUCAAAAACUAAUGAGGCUGAUAUAAUUGAGAUACUCUGUCUACUACUACAGGCUACACCACAAUGUGAAGAUGAUCCUACCAGCCUAGUACUAGCAUCUACUAUUGGUAAUGUACAAGCAGUAGAUAUGUUACUUAAAGCUGGUUAUAAUCCUGUCACUUCUUUAUCAUCAAGCAAAUACUUUCAAGCAAUAAGUACAAUUAUGCAACCAGCAUCAACAUAUAAAGAAGCAAUGAAGAUUUCUUGCCCAUCUUUAGUUAUUGCAUGCAUUGAAGGACAUUUAGAACUAGUUAAAUCAUUAUUAAGAAAGAUUCAUGAUACAAACCAUCAACAAGAAACUGGUGAAACUUUUUUAAUGUUUGCAUGUGAUCACAAGGACAUUGUACAAACACUACUACAGAAUGGAGGAGAUCCUAAUAUUUGUGAUGAUGAUGGAGACAAUGUACUACAUUAUGUAUUACUGUCUAACAGCAGUGAAGAUAUCAUACUUGAUCUCAUUAAGAUUCUAUUGUUAUGGAAUAUAAAUGUUGAUGCACAAAAUAACAAUGGAAUCACUCCACUCAUGAUUGCCAGAGACAAAAAGUAUACUAAAGUACUGCCAUUAUUAUCAAGCAAACGUGAUCCUAUUCAUCCUGACAGCAUAGAAAGUUAUGGUAGGACAACAAAGUCUUCACUUAUGGGAGUUACUGCUGAAAACAUCAAGGAAAAAUUCAGAAAAGUUGAAUAUUUAAUAGAAACAUUUUGCUUUUACGAUUUACAACGUUAUCAAACACCGACCCUCCCAACCUUGAUGGUACAUUAA